AUGAGCAUACAUAAAGAAGGAGCUAAAGAUAACGAAGCAAUGAAGAAUUGGGCGAUGAAAAUGAAUAAUUUCUUGUGGUUGGGUCGCAAAAUCAUCAAUUUGGCAGAACAAAGUAAUAUUUUGAGUGAAUACGCCACGCUAAAUGAAGAUUUCACAAAAUGGCUCAAGAACGAGAAUCGCCUGACAGAUAAGAAAGAGACAGGUGAUAAAAGACCAAAGAAAGAGAGUCCAUCUGCGAGGACAAUGCGGAUGACAUCUCCUGAGAAUAGAGAGCAAUACUUGCAAAGACUCUUGGAACGAUUAGAACAGAAAAGAGAGGAAGUUAGCAAGUGGCAAAAAGCGAAGAAGUGA